UAAAAAUAAGCUCAUUUAACUAAUGGAAGAAUUCGACCACACAGGGGAUAGAACCCCGGAUGUCUUUACUUCUCGGCGAUUCCUCACUGAGCCAUCGUGGCUUCCGAAUAUUUCAUAGAGAAUGUAGUCAUGGCCUACUUAACGUAGAUACAAGUAUUUGAUCAGUCCUGUUAUCGUCAAGGACAAAUCUAAAGAUAUGAAUUUAUAUAGCGACAAACAUUGUUUAUACUAUCAGUCAGAUUUCGUCACUCUAUCAACUAUGUUCUGUCGAUUGAUUUUGGCUGUUAUCGUUGUGGGAGGGAUUUCAGCUGAGUUCCCGUUCCGAAAUACCAGUUUACCAUGGGAUGAACGAGUCCAAGACUUGGUGAACAGGUUGACCCUGCAGGAAAUGAUGGAACAGAUGGCCCAUGAACUACCUAAAGUGGAUCAAAGCGUCCCAGCUAUCCCAAGACUGGGUAUCAAAAAUUACACGUGGAUAACUGAAUGCCUAAGAGGUGAUGUUAAGGCGGGGAAUGCAACCUCCUUCCCACAAGCACUCGGUUUAUCUGCAACUUUUGACUCCAAUUUAAUUUUCCGCGUAGCACGAGCAACUGGCAUGGAAGUGAGAGCGAAGAAUAACGACUUUGAGAAGCAAGGACUGUACACCAUGCACAAAGGCCUGAGUUGUUUUAGUCCUGUGAUCAAUAUUAUGAGAGAUGCCCGAUGGGGAAGAAAUCAAGAGACUUACGGCGAGGAUCCUUAUCUUACAGGAAUGCAUGCCCAGCAAUUCGUAAAGGGUUUACAAGGCGAUAAUCCGAGGUUCCUUUUGGUAAAUUCUGGAUGCAAGCAUUUUGAUGCUUACGCCGGUCCUGAAAAUAUUCCCGUUUCCAGAUUCAGCUUUGACGCUCAGGUGUCCAUCCGGGAUUGGAGGACCACGUUCUUACCAGCGUUCCAGAAAUGUGUGGAAGCAGGAACAUACAACAUCAUGUGUAGCUAUAAUAGUAUCAAUGGGAUACCGUCUUGCGCCAACAAAGAACUUUUAACCAACAUCCUCCGUGAUGAGUGGGGAUUCAAAGGAUAUGUGGUUAGCGAUGCUGGAGCUGUAGAACACAUCAUUCAUAGUCAUCAGUACCUCAAUAACAGUAUGGACACCGUGGUAGCGAGUAUAAAUGCCGGUGUGAACUUAGCUGUGGCUAGUUUUAAAUUCGACUAUACUCCCGUUUAUUUCUCUAUCGUGGAUGCUGUCAAUCAGGGGAGAUUAACAAUUGAAAAGAUAAGGGAUAUGAUGAAACCGAUGUGGUACACUAGAAUGAGACUCGGCGAAUUCGAUCCCCCGGAAUCUAAUCCCUAUAAAGCACUCGAUCUUUCAGUUGUUGAGAGCCCUGAACACCAAGCUUUAGCUGUAGAAGCUGCACUAAAAUCAUUCGUAUUACUUAAGAACGAGCAAUUUUUACCACUGAGAAAAUUGAUUCAGGGGAAAGUGAGCAUCAUUGGACCCAUGGCAGACAACAAGAUUCAGAUAUUCGGAGAUUACGGUCCGAAUACAGAUCCUAAAUUUAUUAAAACACCUUUAGAUACGCUCAAAGUCCUUGGUACCGAAUUCGGGUAUGCCGCUGGUUGUAUGGACGGUACACCAUGUUUGAAGUAUGACAAUCAGUCUAUAGCUGAUGCUGUGAAAGAUUCUAAAGUGGUUAUUGUAUGUCUCGGAUUAGGUCCAGUACUAGAAGGAGAACUGAAAGAUAGAGCAACAAUAAAUCUCCCCGAUAACCAGAUACAGUUAGCUAAAGAUGCUAUUGAAAAUAGUCCCCCAGACACACCUUUGGUGUUAAUCUUCUUUAACGCUGGUCCUGUAGAUGUACGAUGGGCAGAAGGUUAUCUUCGAGUAGUGGCUAUUAUUGAAGCGUUUUAUCCAGCUCAAGCUGCGGGUGAAGCUCUUUACAAAAUGAUAACACUGGCUGAACCAAUGGCUAACCCAGCAGGAAGACUCCCUUUUACCUGGCCGGCUUUGGAAAGUGACAUCCCUGCUAUCACUAACUACACAAUGGUUGGGAGAACUUACAGGUAUCUUACCCACCAACCACUUUACCCUUUCGGAUAUGGUCUUUCCUACACCAGCUUCAGCUAUAGCAACUUAAAGGUUUAUCCUCUAAUGACUGAAAUUAUUGGUUCUGUGGACGUUUCAAAUAUUGGCCCCUUCGCUGGGGAUGAAGUAGUACAAACCUACAUAACUUGGCCAGUCUACAAGGAACCUACACCACGUCUUCAACUGGUAUCAUUUGAUCGAGUAUCUAUUGAUAGUGGAAAAACAUUAACUGUGAACUUUUCAAUCGUGGCAGUUAGUUUAUUUGUAUGGAGUGAUGACUCAGGAUGGAAUGUACCUUCAGGAUAUUAUAAUAUAUAUGUUGGUGGUCAACAACCAAAUGUUACUAAAUCUGUAGGGUCUAAUGUGCUUGAAUCGAAGUUUUAUUUUUUCCCUAAAUCCUAAUACAUGAAUAGUAGUGUUGUUGGAUAAUGUGUUAUUUGGUGUACAACUUGCCCAACUUGCUAUUGAUGUAUUUCUGGUAGAAAGAUCUGAGAAUAACUCAAUAGAAUCAUUAAAUAUCAUCAAGCCAAUUAAUGCUUACUUUGGAUCGGACAGGAUCGGAGGUGGUGCUCUAAGUGGUCAAGGCCCUUCUAAUUAAAUAAUGUGCUCUUUUCAAUCGACUCGGCGUACAGGAAAUCGGCGGUUCCACGGCCUCCAGAAAUCCUGGACCGCGUUGUUAUG